UAUUCUUAUUGCUUAACUUUUAUAAAUUCCUCGUCACCUCUCCCAAAUUAGACUCACCUUUUUUUCUUCUUCACAUCCAUAAGAUUGAGUAUAACCUUAGUUAACUAGACCAAGAAUUUCAACCAAUUAUCAUCAUCUUCAUUACUAGAUCCAUGUAUCCACCCAUGAUCCAUGUUACCAAAAUCACACCAAACUCCUAUCUCUUUCCUUUUGACCACAUGCCAUGAAUUCUAAAAUCAAACACUUUUUUCAAAAUCACCGAAUUUUAACUUCUCUCAUCCAGCUAGCUAGCUUUAGACAAAUCCCAACCAAACCCACCUGAAUAACACUACCUUUUACACAUCAAAUAUCUCAAACCACAAUUAAAAAAAAAACCUAUAUAUACACACAUAUACAAACACUUAUCUCAACAUAUACAAAAACAAAACAAAAACGUCUUGUGAUCAAGCUCAAUAACACACACAUAACCUAGCUCAAAACUAGAGGUUAAAAGGUAAGUUGCAUCACAGUUCAAACCAUCAUUCAUCAGAACUUUGAUAUGUCAGCUGCCGUGGCUGCCGCCGCCUCCGCCGCUAUCUCCGGCUGCCAAAAUUCCUCCUCAAGCAGCAGCAACCAUAGUGAAGAGUUAAUAACUUCACAAAGAAUGCGAGUUUCUGUUGCUCCACCACUAAGCAGGUACGAGUCACAAAAGAGACGUGACUGGAACACUUUCGGUCAAUACCUAAAAAACCAUCGUCCACCAUUAACACUCUCACGUUGCAGUGGUGCACAUGUUCUCGAGUUUCUUCGUUACUUGGAUCAGUUUGGAAAAACCAAAGUUCACUCUGAAAACUGUGCUUAUUUUGGAAACUCACAUCCACCAGGUCCAUGUCCUUGUCCUUUGAAACAAGCUUGGGGUAGUCUUGAUGCUCUUAUUGGUAGGUUACGCGCUGCUUUCGAAGAGAACGGUGGUUCAUCAGAGAUGAACCCUUUUGGAGCACGUGCUGUGAGAUUGUAUCUUAGGGAAGUUAGAGAUGCUCAAGCUAAAGCUAGAGGAAUUGCUUAUGAGAAGAAGAAAAGGAAGAAGGUGAAUGUUCAAAAUCAACCAAAUGGGUCGAUGAUGGUGGAUCAGGAUCAUGGUAUAGUGCAUUCAGGGUAUGGUUAUGGUGGUGGUUAUGUUGAUCAGUACUCAAAUUUUAAUGGGAUAGCUUCUAGAAAUGAUGCUGCAGUUUCCUACUUUUCAUCAUAGUGUGUUUAAGAUAUAUAUAUACUUCGAUUAUUAUAUAUUAUGCAUAGUAUUUCAUGCAUGUGUUGAUAGAAGCUGUAAAAUCAUAAGGGUGUGACCAUUAUUUAUAGCCUAUUAUCAGUUAUGUAGUGUAAAAUCAUAAGGGUGUGAUCAUUAUUUAUAGCCUAAAAUCAUUCGUUAUAUCCUAUGUUUGGUUUUUAGGGUAAGUAAAGUAUGAAUUUGAUUAAUGAUAUUAUUUGCCAUAUAUGAUACAUCCAUUAUUGGACUUUAAUCUUUUCGGCUCUAUUU